AUGAUGGAGGAUGAGGCGCGAACGAAUCAAAACAGUGGGCGCCGGCGCACUGCCAGCAGCAGCCGGGAUCAUGGUCUGAAUUCCAGUUCCGCCCUGCAGGAUCACGAGCACGGCAGUACCGCUGGGAAGCAUGAUGCACAGAAGGCUCCCUCCCACCAGACUCUGGAACAUACGGGAGUGCAGGCGAAAGUGUUCACGACAUCCCCUAUCACUGGCACUACACCUCCGCUGAGCACUGCUGCACCGUCCGUCGCGCCGCUGCCAGUCACUGUCCCUGCUGCCCUGCCGUUUGUCGCUCCGAGCGAUCUGUUGAGACCGCAGGCGUCGCGUGCGCAGAGUAGCUGGGGUACUGCUGCGGGUACCGGUGCGGAUGCUGUCGCGAGGGACAGCGUCGACAGACCGAUGACUCCGCUGGACAGGGAGCAGAUCAAUGGAUUGCGCGCGAUAAGAGCCUUCCUCAAAGUCCGAACGAGCUACGAUGUGCUGCCGCUCAGCUACAGACUCAUCGUCUUCGACACCUCGCUCCUCGUCAAGAAGAGCCUGAACAUCCUCACCCAAUGCGCCAUCGUCUCUGCGCCGCUGUGGGACUCGAAGACAUCGACCUUCGCCGGACUGUUAACCACAUCCGACUACAUCAACGUGGUGCAAUACUACUGGCAGAACCCGGACUCAUUGCAGCAAAUCGAUCAAUUCCGAUUGAAUGGACUACGAGAGAUCGAGCGAGCCAUCGGCGUGACACCCAUCGAGACCGUGUCAAUACACCCACUUCAACCUCUAUACGAUGCAUGUCGGCGAAUGCUCGAGUCGCGGGCGAGGAGGAUACCGCUCAUCGACACAGAUGACGAAACGCAGAGGGAAAUGGUCGUCAGCGUGAUAACACAAUACCGCAUCUUGAAGUUCAUCUCGGUCAACGUGAAGGAGACGCAGAACCUACGGAAACCGCUGCGAGAUAUCAAGGUCGGCACGUACACGAACCUGGCAACAGCGACGAUGGACACGCCCGUGAUGGACUGCAUCCACAUGCUGGUUAAGAAGAGCAUAUCGAGCGUCCCAAUCCUGGACCCCAAGGACGGGACUGUACUCAAUGUCUUUGAGUCCGUCGAUGUCAUCUCCCUUAUCAAGGGCGGCGACUACGAAAACAACUUGAACCUGACAGUAGGGAAAGCGCUAGACAAGAGAUCCGAUGACUUCCCCGGCAUCUACACCUGCACCCUCAACGACCGCCUCGACACAAUCUUCGACACCAUCCGCAAAUCGCGCGUGCACAGACUCGUCAUCAUCGACGAGCAGAACCAGCUCAAGGGCCUGUUGUCACUGAGUGAUAUUCUCGACUACACGUUGAAUAGUCCCCUCGGUGACGGGAACGACUAG